GUUCGUCCCGGCUCCCCGCCGUAACCUCCCGCUCCUCCUCCCGCCCGUGCCCGGCGCGGAUGCUGCCGCCCGGGAUCGCCCCGCCCGGCAUCGCGCCGCCCGUGAGGCGCAGCACGCGCCGCCCGCGAGCCCCGGAGCGCUGCAGGAGCUCCCGCCCGCGCCCCGGCAGAAAAAUGCCCCCAUUCUAGAAUUCUGAUGGUUUGGAUGAAUUCCACAUAUUUCCAAAGUUAUCGACCCAGCAAUUUGGGAGUGUUAGAAGAGGCCAGGAGAUCAAGCCUGUCAGCAGUUAUUAGAUAUCUAUCCAUUCCAGAACAAAUAUUUUCUAUAACCGGAGACUGAAAUGGCAUGACUGGAGUUUUAAGGAAUUUGGCUUUGACAGUUUCACCAUUACUGAGAACUUGGAACAGAMUCUGAACUCUAUUUCUGCACUAUCCUAGGUUAUAAUGCCAUCCUUUCCUAAUGAGGGAGAUAACCAAGGAACUGCUCCUCUGACUUUGAGUUCAGAACUACCCUAUCAGAGCACAAUUAAAAGAAAAGUCAGAAAGAAGAAGAAGAAGAAUGGAGUCAUCACUGCAAAUAUUGCUGGCACWAAAUAUGAAAUUGUACGUGUAGUAAUACAAGAAAUGGGGUUUGUGAAAACACGUGAUGAAGAUGAAACAGCAAAUCUUAUCUGGAGCGAUUGUGCUGUGCAGCAAGAGAAGAUUGCAGAGCUUCGGAACUAUCAGAGAAUCAACCAUUUUCCAGGAAUGGGAGAGAUAUGCAGAAAGGAUUUUCUGGCAAGAAACAUGACUAAAAUGAUCAAGAGUCAGCCUCAGGAGUACAGUUUCAUUCCUCGAACAUGGAUCUUUCCUGCAGAAUACACACAGUUUCAGAACUAUGUAAAAGAACUGAAGAAGAAAAAAAGACAGAAAACUUUCAUAGUCAAACCAGCUAAUGGUGCAAUGGGACAUGGGAUCUCUUUAAUAAGAAAUGGAGAAAAGUUACAAGCUCAGGAUCACUUAAUUGUUCAGGAAUAUCUUGACAAACCAUUUCUUAUGGAAGGCUACAAGUUUGAUUUACGUGUGUAUAUUCUUGUAACCUCCUGUGAUCCAUUAAAAGUAUUUUUAUAUCAUGAUGGACUGGUGAGAAUGGGCACGGAAAAGUAUCACCCCCCCAGUGACUCAAAUUUGAGUCAAUUGUAUAUGCAUCUGACUAACUAUUCUGUCAAUAAACAUAAUGAGCACUUUGAACGGGAYGAAACAGAAGACAAAGGAAGCAAACGCUCCAUAAAGUGGUUUACUGAGUUUCUAGAAACAAAUAAUCUUGAUGUCUCCAAAUUCUGGAGUGAUAUUUCAGAGCUGGUGGUGAAGACUCUGAUAGUUGCAGAGCCACAUGUUCUUCACGCUUAUCGCAUGUGCAGGCCAGGGCAAGCUCCAGGAAGUGACAGUGUCUGCUUUGAAGUUCUGGGAUUUGAUAUUCUGCUGGACAGAAAACUAAAACCAUGGCUCCUAGAGAUUAAUCGUGCCCCAAGCUUUGGAACUGAUCAGAAAAUAGACUAUGAUGUAAAAAAAGGUGUUCUGCUAAAUGCAUUGAAGCUUCUCAACAUACGGACAAGUGAUAAAAGGAGAAAUUUAGCACAACAGAAGGCUGAGGCUCAAAGAAGACUGUAUGGUCAAGGGACAGUGAAAAAGCUGUUGCCAGGUUCCUCAGACUGGGAGAAGCAGCGCCACACMCUGGAAAGGAGAAAACAAGAACUGAAAGAAAGACUUGCACAAGUACGUAAACAGAUUUCCAAAGAGGAGCAUGAAAAUAGACACAUGGGGAACUACAGGCGAAUUUACCCUCCUGAUGAUAAGACAUUACUUGAGAAGUAUGAGAGUUUGUUAGCCACCGCUUUCCAGACGUUUCUUGCUGGACGAGCAGCUUCACUUCAGCGGGAAAUGAAUAACCCUUUAAAAAGAAUGAAGGAGGAGGACAUUUUGGAUCUUCUGGAGCAGUGUGAAAUAGAUGAUGAAAAGCUGAUGGGAAAAUGCACCAGGCAGCGAGGACCUAAGCCCUUGUGUUCAAUGCCGGAAAGUGCACAUUCCACAAGGAGGCCUAAGAACCACAGCAGUGAUAGUAGCUGUGAUAGUGGUAGCAGUGUGUCAGAAUCGGGAGAAGAAAGUGAAAAGGAAGAAAAGGAAGACCACAAUGAAAAAAAAGAGAAAAAAGUUUCAUAUGAUCUUGAAGAAAAUAAAUAUAAAUCUUUGGAACGAUCAGGUAGAAUGAACUGCAAACCUUCAAAUAAAAAUGUAAAAUCUCCAUCAUACUCGUCCCCCACAUCAUCCACAGGUCCAAUAAGGCGUUCUGUGAGCUGCCCUCGUUCCAUAUCAGUACUCACUAUGCAGUCCCAGGGAGCUGAGCMGCGCCCCUUUUCAGCCAAAGCAUCUCUCCAAAUGCAGCGACCAUCCUCAGUGAACAGGUCUCACUCUUUAAAUCGUAGCCCAUCUUCAGCCAGAUUCUCUCAGACAGCCACCUUGGGAACUAUGAACUCUUCAGGGAGUGAGUCUUUGCUGCAACAGAAAACAAAAGAGCAAGAAAUUGCUUUAACAAAAGAAACUCUUCUCCUUAUCAAUGACAUGAGAAUCAAGUUCCCAGGAAAAACAAAUGAAGAAUCUGAAUUAAUUAUAGAAGAUAUUAUGGAUAAUUGGAAGUAUCAUAAGACAAAAGUGUCAUCCUAUUGGUUGGUAAAACUGGAUUCAGCAAAGCAACGAAAAGUUUUGGAUAUAGUCAGGACAAGUGUUCGUGCRGUUCUACAGCAUGUCUGGAAAGCUCCAGACAUUGAAAAUUUACAUCUCUACCGUCUUUUUAACCGUGUGUUUAAUCGCUUACUUUGGAGCCAUGGUCAAGGCCUAUGGAACUGUUUCUGUAAUUCAGGGAGCUCUUGGGAAACCAUAUUCAGUAAAGGCUCAGAGGUGGUGACUCCUGAACAGCUCCAGUGUUGCCAACGAAUAGUACAGCUUUGUAAACACUGCCUGCUGGUAGUUUACAAACAUUCAUCAGAUUCAAGAGGAUCCCCAACUGGGAUGAGCCACCACUGGGAUGAUACAAGGUAUUUAUUGCCAAGACCUUCACUGUUCAUCCUGAAAUCAUCCUCAUCCAAACUUAGCUGCAGUUCAUCUGGAAUGCCUCGCCCUAACAUUUUGUUCACACACAGAUACAGUCACUUGUGAAGUAAAAGGAAAAUUGCUGUUUGUAAAUAAUAGCACUCCAUUUCUUUUUUUUUUUUUUAAAUUUGUGAUGGAGCUAAACAUAAACACUGUUACAUAUCCCUACCAUCAUAUUAUAAUAAAAUUUAGCUGAAAACCUACUGUAAAAGCAUAGCUUUUCUGGGAACAUAAUAAACCUUUUAAAGUUGUUUACACAUACAUGUGAAUGUGUAGAUCUUGCUAGGUUUAUAAAUAGUUCCCUCAAACUAGAAAUGUUAUUUUUGCUGCAGAAUAUAUAAAAUGGAAUUGUUCCUGAAGAUUCUAUUACAGUAUUACAUUAUUUUGUAAGUACAGUACUUUGAAUUGAAAAUUAUUUAUUGUAAACUAUAUUAUUUAUUGUUUCAAAUGUAACUUAUCCUUUAACAAAGCAGGUAAAUAAAAAACUCUAGUAGAACAGUAMAAUUGUAACAGUCAUCAAAAAUAAUCUGAUCAGUUCUUGGACCUGUKUAAAAUAAACACCAAAACUCUGUAAGCCAAACCUAAAGCAACAUACUUUUAUUUGUCCUCUGAAAUGAUAAGAUCUAUUUAAUGCUGCUAUUUUUCUUAAAGGACAUGAUAUAGUAUCUUUUAGCCAAAGCAAAAGYAUCUAGUACAAACAGUAAAGUAUCAGUUUAGGUGCUCACUUCCUAAUUGGAUUCUYGUAAUAAAAUGGAAGCCAAUGUUUGUUUCCAGGUUUUCAUUCACAUUACCUGUAUCCUGUGCCUUUAGGUUUCCUUUGGGAGCAAGCAGUCAUCCUCAGCUCGCACACGCAUGCAUAGUGCAUAGUUUUUCUGUUACRCUGCUUGAGUGGUAAAGCAGACAUUUUUAGGAAAUGAUGCAGCUGUAAUGUAUUAUUUCAAACUUAAGCUAAUUGGUUUGUUGUAGCUUUUAGCAUGCAAUCCAGUACCUACUGUAGAAUGUAUCUUUGCUAUGGACAGUAUUUUCUACAUUGCUGGCACCUYUAAAUGUUGGAGAUCUAAUUCUUUAGGAAGCUCUCAUUCAGGUCUAGAUUCCUGGGGCUGGCUGAAGAGCACAAAACCAAAAUGAGCCAGAGCAGGAACCURGUAUCAACAGGAUUUGUAGCUUAAAAAACCUCAUUCGGGUUUUGCUACAUACAGCCAUUCAUCCCACUCAGCAUUGUGCCAUGUGAGCCUUAUUCAUUAUAGAAAUAAUUAUUAAACAAAUCAGUUAAUCUAGAUUUAAAAUUUAAGUUUUUUAACUGAGUAAAGAACAGAGUAGUUAUUAUUUACCAAAGACUUGUGUACUUACCAAUCAUUUAACCCUGAAACAUGUUUGUAAAUUAUCAAUGUAUUUCAGGUAUACUUUAAAAAUAAUUUGGGGGCUAAUUAUCCUCAGGAGCAAGUAUAUUAGUGUUUUUUGAUAUCCAACAAUUUAAGACAAAUUUAAGAGACUUAAGAGAUUUGAGAUUGAAAUUGUAUGGAAAUAUUUUUUUUUAAAGUUUUAGUCGUAGGAUAUAUAAACCUGGGAAUUUGGUUGAGAUUUUUGAUGCCUGUGCUGUAGUGCCUCAGCUCUAGAACUGCAGAAUAUGUAACAAGAAUAUUUGUAAACAAUUAAAAAAAACCCUCUUGAGAUUAGCCAGAUCAAAGAAGUCUUUUGGUCUGGUGACGUAUUUUUAAUUUUUGUGGUAAUACUAGCUCAGUAAUGUAGUAUGUUCACAUUAAUUGUAUAUCUCUUUUGGUCCAUACAAUGACUAUUAAAGCAUACUCUGGUUAUCUGUAACACCCAAUAAAAGCUGUAAAUUUUCUCUUCUUGGAGGAGGCUUCCAUUGUAUUCUACUUUUGGUCAUAAGGAUAAGAUCAACUUCCAGCUUAGCUUGCCAGACUCAAACAGAGCUUUAGGAUAGGAGGUUCACAUGUCUUUUUUAAAAUAUUUUUCUUUUUUUUUUUUUUAAACCUCGUUAUGAUUUCUAUUCUCGAAUGCCAGUGCUGGGCCAGGUCAGUCUGUACAGAAUACUAUGCCAAAAGAAAGAGGGCUACUAACCAUACCUAUGGACAGAUCUAGGAAAAAAAAAAUACAUUUAGCAUGUACAAAAGUGGACCAGAUGAUGGUUUACGUCUGACAUUACUUAAUAUAUUUGUAUUUCUGAUAACGUUUCCUAAAGUGGUGAUGUGUUCCUAAUAAUGUGUGAAUCAAUACUUUCAAUAAACGUCAUGCUACAC